AUGUUACCAUCGAGCAGUUCUAAGAGUUUCAGCGUAAAUCCAAGCAAAAGAGAAAUUUCUGAUAAAGAAGACAAUUCACCGAAGCCUUCAAAACAAUUUAUUUUAUCUGAAGGAGCUACAGAACAUUUUGAGUAUAAAAUUUAUCGAGGAAGUAUUGUGGAAGAAGUUGUUAUAACUUGCAAAAUAUGUCAGGACAUCAAAUUUUCAACAGAAAGCAUAGAUUUUUUUAGAGCUCAUGUUUCUUACCUUCAUUUUAAUAGUUCUGAUAAUAAGUGGGACAAAUUUUGUUCAUUAUGUGAUUCAGUAAUCACACAUGAAUACCCAUUUAUUGCAAAUGAAUUUGAACAUUUAGUAGCUACACAUUUGAAUCCUUAUAUUUCAUUAUGA